AGCCUCUCCAGUAGCCUACUCACCGUCACGGGAUACCGAUGGCUUCGGUGUAGGCUCACUGAUCGGCUGUGCUUAAUUCAGACAACCAACAACACACGGAUUUAUGUAUUUCUCGUUGAGGGGCACGUCGCGUUCGUUUACAAUUUGGCACUGCUGCGAUGAUCGACUAUCUUGCACAGAGCCUGUCGAUAGUGUUUUUGCGCCGGAGAGUCUUCGGGUAGUGACAUUUGAAACAGAAGAUGGAUGCUUGUGUACGACGUGUUUUGCUUUGAAGUUUGCUACGGAUUGAGACACAUUUUUCUACUUGGAGGCGAAAGCCCAUUUUGGCCGGAGCUUCACCAAGUUCCCGGUGUCAGUAAACAGUGACCAACGGGUUUGAGGUUCACCGGGUUGUCUUACAGGGGCACGCACAGGUUACACGCCGAGAACGUGAAUGCCAAUUUCUGACUGAUCAAACUGGGAAACCCGGUUUUAAAAAAAUCUGUGACAGACAAACAGUGCACGCAAUUGAAAUUGGUCAUUAUUUGAAGCCACACUCAUAGCCGUCAGACGCAAACCUUGUCACACCAAGCCAGGCAUAUCUGAAGACCCCCCACCCCUCCCCGGCAGGUUUUCUGUUGAUAACCUACGGACUUGCACACCACCACAACGUAUCAGAUAAGGAUUUUUCCUCGAGUGGGUGAUUUGACUGGAGGGCGCGGAGUACCAUAUUGGAGCAGCCACAAAGUGCUGGCGGGAUAACGGUACCCUCCUGCCGGGAUUGUCUGACCCGUCGCUACGUGUUUGGCGAGCGCAGCAACCACGCCCACGUGAAACACCUGUCCAUCUCCCAGUUAGAAAAAAAAGCAAGAGCGCGGCGGGUCUCCGCCUGCCAUGCGCUUGCACCCCGACUUCUGAGGGCAGCCAGUAUAACCGUCGCAGGAGACCGAGAAUUGCCAAAUGGUGUGUGAAGACCACCUGUGCUCCGUAGUGCAGAAAUAACGUGAAAAGGUGCCCUUUUGAGGUGUUCUGACUGACAUAUCAAGAGAGUGAGAGAAACCUCCCCUAGGCAAGCCAUGCCAUUCUCACACCUCCUCCCCUCCCUCCAUCUCCGCCACCCUUCAUCCUCCUCCUCUUCCUCCUCCUCCUCCUCUUUCCUCUCCCUCCUCCUCCUCUCCCUCUUCCUGCUCCUCUCCUCCUCGUCCCUCCUUCCCUGCCACGCGUCCCCGUCCGUGUCGGUGCCCAACAACACCCACAAGUCCAAUGGCAGCUGUGACAACGAGGUGACGUGCGAGGCUGGCGUCGUCCUGCCCGUGUGGAACCCCCAGAACCCCUCGGUGGGUGACAAGGUGGCGCGCGCCAUCGUCUACUUUGUGGCUCUGGUAUACAUGUUCCUGGGCAUGUCCAUCAUCGCCGACCGCUUCAUGUCUUCCAUUGAGGUCAUCACCUCGCAGGAGAAAGAGAUCACCAUCAAGCGUUCCAACGGCGAGACCACCACGGCUACGGUGCGCAUCUGGAACGAGACCGUCUCCAACCUCACCCUGAUGGCGCUGGGCUCCUCGGCGCCCGAGAUCCUGCUCUCCGUCAUUGAGGUGUGCGGCCACGGUUUCCAGUCGGGGGCGCUGGGUCCCUCCACCAUCGUGGGCAGCGCGGCCUUCAACAUGUUUGUCAUCAUCGGCCUGUGCGUGUACGUGGUGCCCGACGGCGAGGUGCGCAAGGUCAAGCACCUGCGGGUGUUCUUCGUGACGGCGGCCUGGAGCAUCUUCGCCUACAUCUGGCUCUACCUGAUCCUCUGCGUCUUCUCGCCCGGCGAGGUGGAUGUCUGGGAAGCCGUGCUGACGUUCCUCUUUUUCCCGCUCUGUGUCGUUCAGGCCUGGAUUGCCGACCGGCGCCUGCUCAUCUACAAGUACGUGCGCAAGCGUUACCGCGCCGACAAGGCCCACGGCAUCGUGGUGGAGUCGGAGGGCGGCGACGACAUGAUGAUGAAGGAGGCGGGCUUCACCAAGAUGGACAUGCUGGAGCUGGACGGCAUGAACUCGCACCUGGACGGCAUGCUGGCGGGCGGCGGCGGCGGCGGAGAGGACGGCAUGAUGGGAAGGGACCAGGAGGACGAGGCGCGCCGCGACAUGGCGCGCACCCUCAAGGAGCUGAAGCAGCGGCACCCGGACAAGGACAUGGAGCAGCUCAUCGAGAUGGCCAACUACCAGGUGCUGGUCCAGCAGCAGAAGAGCCGAGCCUUCUACCGCAUCCAGGCCACGCGCAUGAUGAUCGGGGCCGGCAACAUCCUUAAGAAACACGCUGCCGACCAGGCCCGCAAGGUGGUGAGCAGCAAUGAGCCUGUGGAGCCGGAGGAGGACCCUUUCACCACGCGCCUCACCUUCCAGCCUUCCCAGUACCAGUGCUUCGAGAACUGCGGAUCCCUCAAGCUGACCGUGGGACGCAGUGGAGGAGACCCUGGCUGUACUGUGAAGGUGGACUUCCGCACCGAGGACGGCACUGCCAAUGCCGGCUCGGACUACGAGUUCUGCGAGGGCACGCUACUCUUUAAGCCCGGUGAGUCCGUUAAAGAAGUCACGGUGGGCAUCAUUGACGAUGACAUCUUCGAGGAGGACGAGUACUUCUACGUGCGCCUCAGCAACCCGCGCAUCGUGGGCUGGGCCGACGGGCACCCCCCUGGCGUAAGUGGGUCGGAGCUCCCCGGUGCGCCCACCUACCAAGCGGCGCUGGGCGAGGCCCACACGGCUACCGUCACCAUUUACGACGACGACCACGCCGGCAUCUUCACGUUUGAGAGCGACGCCACGCGCGUCAGCGAGAGCGUGGGCAUCAUGCAGGUGAAGGUGAUGCGCACGUCGGGCGCCCGGGGCCUGGUGGCCGUGCCCUACAGGACCAUCGACGGCACCGCCCGCGGAGGGGAUGACUACGAGGAGGCCGUGGGCAAGCUGGAGUUCCAGAACGAUGAGACCAUGAAGAUAAUUGAAGUGAGGAUCAUUGAUGAUGAGGAGUACGAGAAAAAUAAAACCUUCACCAUCGAGCUGGGGGAGCCAGUGCUUCUGGACAUUGGACAAAAGCAUGGGGACUCCAAUGAGAAUAAUCCUGCUGUGGGUGCGGAUGAUGAGGAGGUGGCUAAGAUGGGAUGCCCCAGUCUGGGAGAGCACACCCGGCAGGAGGUGGUCAUCGAGGAGUCAUAUGAGUUCAAGUGCGAAUUGGCAGCGGAAGCUUGGGUCGCCUGGAGGAAAAGACAACUGUGGGACAGCAGAGGUUAUUUUAUCAGAAGAGGUAACACGGUGGAUAAGCUGAUCAAGAAGACCAACCUGGCCCUGGUGGUGGGCAGCAGCAGCUGGAGGGAGCAGUUUGUCAGUGCCGUCACCGUCAGCGCAGGGGACGACGACGACGAAGAGAGCGGCGAGGAGCGCCUGCCCUCCUGCUUCGACUACAUCAUGCACUUCCUGACGGUCUUCUGGAAGGUUCUGUUCGCCUUCGUGCCGCCCACCGAGUACUGGAACGGCUGGGCCUGCUUCAUCGUCUCCAUCUCCCUCAUCGGCGUGCUCACCGCCGUCACCGGUGACCUGGCCUCCCACUUCGGCUGCACCGUCGGCCUGAAGGACUCCGUCACCGCCGUGGUGUUUGUGGCCCUCGGGACCUCCGUACCGGACACCUUCGCCAGUAAAGUGGCCGCCAUCCAGGACCAGUACGCCGACGCCUCCAUCGGCAACGUGACGGGCAGCAAUGCCGUCAACGUCUUCCUGGGCAUCGGCGUGGCGUGGACCAUCGCGGCGGUGCACUGGCGCCUGAAGGGCAAGACGUUCAUGGUGCCGCCCGGCUCGCUGGCCUUCUCCGUCAGCCUGUUCACGGGGCUGGCCGUGGUGGCGGUGACCGUGCUGCUGUACCGCCGCCGCCAAUCGGUGGCCGGCGGCGAGCUGGGCGGGCCGCGGACUUCCAAGAUCGGCACGGCGCUGCUUUUCGUCAGCUUCUGGCUCCUCUACAUCCUGCUGGCCUCCCUGGAGGCCUACUGCCACAUCCCCGGGUUCUGA